GGGUUGUUCCUAUAUGGUUGCCAGAGUUCUCAGUAUAAAAGAAGCCCUCUCAGGCUCUGCAAAAGUUUUGGACUGACUGGCUGCCCAAAUAGUAUCCACACAAAAGCUGCAUCACUGAAAAACAAAAAAGAAGCGCCAUGGGUGACCCGGAGAUGGAGUGUUUUGGCCCGGCGGCCAUAUACCUCCGGAAACCUGAAAAGGAGAGAAUAGAAGCUCAAAACACUCCCUUUGAUGCCAAAACAGCUUACUUUGUGACUGAGCCCGCUGAAAUGUAUCUGAAAGGGAAACUGGUCAAGAAAGAAGGUGGCAAAGCCACAGUGGAAGUUUCUGGUGGGAAGACCCUCACCGUUAAGGAAGAUGAAGUCUUCCCCAUGAACCCUCCAAAGUUUGACAAGAUUGAGGACAUGGCCAUGAUGACCCACCUUAGCGAGCCUGCUGUGCUGUUUAACCUCAAAGAGCGCUAUGCAGCAUGGAUGAUCUACACCUACUCUGGGUUGUUCUGUGUCACCGUGAACCCAUACAAGUGGCUUCCAGUGUAUGAUGCAAAGGUUGUUACUGGAUACAGGGGCAAAAAGAGGAUUGAAGCUCCACCCCACAUCUUCUCCAUCUCUGAUAACGCCUAUCAGUUCAUGCUCCAAGAUCGUGAGAAUCAGUCAAUCCUGAUUACCGGAGAAUCCGGUGCAGGAAAGACUGUCAAUACUAAACGUGUCAUCCAGUACUUUGCGACAAUCGCAGUAGCUUCUGGAAAGAAAGUUGAGCCGGUUCCUGGAAAAAUGCAGGGUUCGCUGGAAGAUCAGAUUAUUGCAGCCAACCCUCUGCUGGAAGCCUAUGGCAAUGCCAAAACAGUCAGGAAUGACAACUCAUCCCGCUUUGGUAAAUUCAUCAGAAUCCAUUUUGGAACAACUGGAAAGUUGGCUUCUGCUGAUAUUGAAACAUAUCUGCUGGAGAAGUCUCGUGUAACGUUCCAGCUGUCAGCUGAGAGAAGUUAUCACAUCUUCUAUCAGCUCGCAACAGGCCACAAACCUGAGCUACUGGAGGCUCUGCUUAUCACCACCAACCCAUAUGACUAUCCUAUGAUCAGUCAUGGGGAAAUCACUGUGAAGAGCAUCAAUGACAUUGAAGAAUUCAUCGCUACAGAUACUGCCAUUGACAUCUUGGGCUUUACUUCAGAGGAGAAAAUAGGUAUUUACAAGCUGACUGGAGCUGUGAUGCAUCACGGAAACAUGAAGUUCAAGCAGAAGCAACGUGAAGAGCAGGCAGAGCCUGAUGGCACUGAGGUGGCUGAUAAAAUCGCCUACCUCAUGGGCCUGAACUCAGCUGAUAUGCUGAAAGCUUUGUGUUAUCCCAGAGUAAAGGUUGGAAAUGAAAUGGUGGUUAAAGGUCAAACUGUGCCACAGGUCAACAACGCUGUGAGUGCUCUCUGCAAGUCUGUCUAUGAGAAAAUGUUCUUGUGGAUGGUCGUCAGAAUCAAUGAGAUGCUGGAUACCAAACAGCCCAGAAACUUUUUCAUAGGUGUCUUAGACAUUGCCGGAUUUGAAAUCUUUGAUUUCAACAGCUUGGAACAGCUGUGCAUCAACUUCACCAAUGAAAAACUGCAACAGUUCUUCAACCACCACAUGUUCGUCCUGGAGCAAGAGGAGUACAAGAAGGAGGGAAUUGAUUGGGAGUUCAUUGACUUCGGCAUGGACUUGGCUGCUUGCAUUGAGCUGAUUGAGAAGCCAAUGGGCAUCUUCUCCAUCCUUGAAGAGGAAUGUAUUGUCCCUAAGGCGACAGACAUGACCUUUAAAAGCAAACUGCAUGACCAGCAUCUGGGAAAAAGCGCUCCCUUCCAGAAACCAAAACCUGGCAAAGGCAAAGCUGAGGCUCAUUUCUCUCUGGUCCACUAUGCUGGCACUGUUGACUACAACGUCAAUGGCUGGCUGGACAAGAACAAAGACCCCCUGAAUGACUCUGUGGUCCAGCUGUACCAGAAGUCAUCAGUUAAACUGUUGGCGUUCCUGUAUAUAUCUCAUGCUGCAACAGAAGAUGCAAAAGGUGGAAAGAAGGGUGGAGGGAAGAAGAAGGGUGGUUCCUUCCAGACGGUAUCAGCACUUUUUAGGGAAAACCUGGGCAAACUGAUGACCAACUUAAGAAGCACUCACCCACAUUUUGUGCGCUGUUUGAUCCCCAAUGAAUCCAAAACACCCGGUCUUAUGGAGAACUUCCUGGUCAUCCACCAGCUGAGGUGUAACGGUGUCCUAGAGGGUAUCAGGAUCUGCAGGAAAGGUUUCCCCAGCAGAAUCCUUUAUGGUGACUUCAAGCAGAGGUACAAAGUACUGAAUGCGAGUGUCAUCCCUGAGGGCCAGUUUAUUGACAACAAGAAGGCUUCAGUAAAACUACUGGAAUCCAUCGAUGUGGACCACUCUCAGUACAAGUUUGGCCACACUAAGGUGUUCUUCAAGGCUGGUUUACUGGGUACACUUGAAGAGAUGAGAGAUGAGAAGCUGGUUGCGCUGGUCACAAUGACUCAGGCUCUCUGCAGAGGUUACGUGAUGAGACGAGAAUUUGUCAAAAUGAUGGCAAGAAGGGAAGCCAUUUAUUCCAUCCAGUACAACAUCCGUGCAUUCAUGAAUGUCAAAACAUGGCCGUGGAUGAAGCUGUACUUCAGAAUUAAGCCACUUCUGAAGAGUGCAGAGACGGAGAAAGAGAUGGUCCAAAUGAAGGAGGACUUUGAGAAAACCAAAGAGGAGCUAGCAAAGGCUCUAGCUAAGAAGAAAGAACUGGAGGAGAAGAUGGUUUCUCUCCUACAGGAGAAGAAUGACUUACAACUGCAAAUUCAGUCUGAAGGUGAAAACCUCGCUGAUGCAGAGGAAAGGUGUGAAGGGCUUAUCAAAGCAAAAAUCCAGCUUGAAGCUAAAACCAAAGAAAUAGCUGAGAGGCUGGAGGAUGAGGAAGAGAUCAAUGCUGAGCUGACUGCGAGGAAGAGGAAGCUGGAGGAUGAAUGUUCAGAGUUAAAGAAGGACAUUGAUGACUUGGAGCUAACCCUGGCUAAAGUGGAAAAGGAGAAACAUGCCACUGAAAACAAAGUUAAAAACCUGGUUGAGGAAAUGACUUCUCAAGAUGAGACCAUUGCAAAGUUAACCAAAGAGAAAAAAGCCCUCCAAGAGGCCCAUCAGCAGGUCCUUGAUGAUCUGCAGGCAGAAGAAGACAAAGUCAACACUCUGACGAAGGCCAAGACCAAACUGGAGCAGCAAGUUGACGAUCUUGAAGGUUCAUUGGAACAAGAAAAGAAGCUCCGUAUGGACCUUGAGCGAGCUAAAAGAAAGCUUGAAGGAGACCUGAAACUGGCCCAUGAAUGCAUAAUGGAUCUGGAGAAUGACAAACAGCAGUCUGACGAAAAACUAAAAAAGAGAGACUUUGAAAUAAGCCAGCUACUGAGCAAGAUAGAAGAUGAACAAGGACUUGGUGCCCAGCUUAAUAAGAGAAUCAAGGAACUGCAGGCUCGUAUUGAGGAGCUGGAGGAGGAGAUCGAGGCUGAGAGAGCUGCUCGGGCCAAGGUGGAGAAGCAGAGGUCUGAUCUCUCCAGGGAACUUGAGGAGAUCAGUGAGAGGCUGGAAGAAGCUGGUGGAGCAACUUCUGUUCAGAUUGAGAUGAACAAGAAGCGCGAGGCUGAGUUUCAGAAGCUGCGGCGUGACCUUGAAGAGUCCACCCUGCAGCAUGAGGCCACUGCUGCUGCUCUCCGCAAGAAGCAGGCUGACAGUGUGGCAGAGCUGGGAGAGCAGAUAGAUAACCUCCAGAGAGUCAAACAGAAGCUGGAGAAAGAGAAAAGUGAAUACAAGAUGGAAAUCGAUGACCUCAGCAGCAACAUGGAGGCUAUUGCCAAAUCUAAAGGGAACAUGGAGAAAAUGUGCCGUUCUCUUGAGGAUCAAGUAAAUGAACUCAAGACCAAAAAUGAUGAGUACGUGCGUCAGCUGAAUGAUAUUAAUGCCCAAAGGUCCAAGCUGAGUUCUGAACAUGGGGAAAUUAGUCGUCAGUUCGAGGAAAAGGAGUCACUUGUUUCACAGCUUACAAGAGGAAAACAGGCUUAUAUACACCAGAUUGAGGAGCUCAAAAGACACCUCGAGGAAGAAGUUAAGGCCAAGAACGCCCUGGCUCAUGCUGUCCAGUCGUCUCGUCAUGACUGUGAUCUGCUCAGAGAGCAGUAUGAGGAGGAGCAGGAGGCCAAAGCUGAGCUGCAGCGUUCAAUGUCCAAGGCUAACAGCGAGGUGGCUCAGUGGAGAACCAAAUAUGAGACUGAUGCCAUUCAGCGCACUGAGGAGCUGGAGGAGGCCAAGAAGAAGCUCGCCCAGCGUCUUCAGGAUGCAGAGGAAUCUAUUGAGGCUGUGAAUGCAAAAUGUGCCUCUUUGGAAAAGACUAAACAGAGACUGCAGGGUGAAGUGGAGGAUCUGAUGAUCGACGUGGAGAGAGCUAACGCUCUGGCUGCUAACCUUGACAAGAAGCAGAGGAACUUUGACAAGGUUCUUGCCGAGUGGAAGCAGAAGUAUGAGGAGAGCCAGGCAGAGCUGGAGGGGGCUCAGAAGGAGGCUCGUGCCUUGAACACAGAGAUAUUUAAGAUGAAAAACUCCUAUGAAGAAGCUCUGGACCACCUGGAGACCCUGAAGAGGGAGAACAAGAACCUGCAACAGGAAAUUACUGAUUUGACUGAACAUAUUGGUGAAACUGGAAAGACAAUUCACGAACUGGAAAAGGGGAAGAAGACAGCAGAAACUGAGAAAGCAGAAAUCCAAACAGCCUUGGAAGAGGCUGAGGCUACUCUGGAGCACGAAGAGUCAAAGAUUAUGCGUGUCCAGCUGGAGCUCACCCAGGUGAAAAAUGAAAUUGAUAGGAAACUUGCAGAGAAGGAUGAGGAGAUUGAUCAGAUCAAAAGGAACAGCCAGAGGGUAAUUGAGACCAUGCAGAGCACUCUGGAUGCUGAGGUCAGGAGCAGGAACGAUGCCCUGAGAAUCAAGAAGAAGAUGGAGGGAGACCUCAAUGAAAUGGAGAUUCAGCUGAGCCACGCCAACCGUCAGGCAGCUGAAGCCCAGAAACAGCUGAGAAACGUGCAGGGACAGCUCAAGGAUGCCCAGCUGCACCUCGAUGAAGCUCUCAGAGGUCAGGCAGACAUGAAGGAGCAGAUUGGAGUGGUGGAGCGCAGGAACAGCCUGAUGGUGGCUGAGAUUGAAGAGCUGAGAAUCGCACUGGAACAGACAGAGAGAAGCCGCAAAGUGGCCGAACAGGAGCUGGUUGAUGCCAGCGAGCGUGUUGGACUGCUGCACUCUCAGAACACAAACCUCAUAAACACGAAGAGGAAGUUGGAGGGUGACCUUGUGCAGAUCCAAAGUGAGGUGGAAGAUUCCAUCCAGGAAGCAAGAAAUGCUGAAGAAAAAGCCAAAAAGGCCAUCACCGACGCUGCUAUGAUGGCAGAAGAGCUGAAGAAGGAGCAGGACACCAGUGCUCAUUUGGAGAGGAUGAAGAAGAACCUGGAGGUGACGGUGAAGGACCUGCAGCACCGCCUUGAUGAGGCUGAGAAUCUGGCCAUGAAGGGUGGAAAGAAGCAACUUCAGAAACUGGAGGCCAGGGUUCGGGAGCUGGAGUCUGAGGUUGAGGCAGAGCAGAAACGUGGAGCUGAUGCUGUGAAAGGUGUUCGCAAAUAUGAGCGCAGAGUGAAGGAGCUGACUUAUCAGACUGAGGAGGAUAAGAAGAAUAUUGCCCGUCUUCAAGAUCUGGUGGACAAGCUGCAGCUGAAAGUGAAAUCCUACAAGAGGCAGUCUGAAGACGCUGAGGAGCAGGCCAACACUCACCUGUCCAGAUACAGGAAGGUUCAGCAUGAGCUUGAGGAAGCUCAAGAGCGUGCAGACAUCGCCGAGUCGCAGGUCAACAAGCUAAGAGCUAAGAGCCGUGAGGUUGCCAGAGGAAAGGAGGCUGAAGAAUGAGCGUCAGUCUGUAAGAGACACUGCAAGAAAUCAUACAAUAUGAUCUUUUUGUUUGAUGUGUCAAGUGUGUAACAAGCAAUAAAAAAACAAGCAAGUGAA